AUGGGCUUCUAUGCUGAGUGGCCGCUGAUUGAAUUUGUUCCAUUAAAUACUGCCCAGUCAUCUUUAUCGGUUUUUUCAAAAAAGACAGGUGAUAAUGUAGCAGAGUUAUUGCUGCAUGAAAUUGGAGAGAAUUUAAAUGGACGAAUGUGUCUCAAAAUUGACACUGAAGAGCAAUUUUCAUGGGUUUUACAGGUAUUAUCUUAUGCCCUGACGUUGUCUCAUUCUACAAACAAAGAACAUGAAGCAUUUUGUGUUGCAGUUCGUGCAUACUGUACAUGGUUGAACGCACUGUCGAAAGGUACAGUAGUAACACAUCUUCCUAGUCCGAUGAAGCGCGAUCCUGGAAAUUAUAUAUGUAUCCUCCUGGAUUCAUUGCGAACGCUGUUCGUUCGAAAGAAUAGCGGAUCAGAAAUAGGAGUAAGCGCAAUACAACAGGCACACGAAAUAGAGAAUGUUUUGCGAACUGUUGUUCAUAGUUUGCUGAAUUGUGAUGGAAAACACAAAGAUAUAAUCUGGCCAGCAGUUUUGAAGUUCCUGCUCAAUGCCACCGAUUUGCUACUUUCGGGACAAACGUGUGUGGGUUGGUUAUAUAUAGUCGAAUUCUGCUUAGAAAUUGGCUAA